UGGUAACGUAAACACAGUACCUGUAGGUCGAUCAAAUUUGAAGAAACAAUUUCAAGGUGAAUUUGUGAUAUCGAAGAUACAAUAUGGAAGGAGCGAAGAAGCGACGUCACGAUGUUGCACCUAGUCCGCCAGUGAUGUCUCAGACUCAAGAUGUACAACAGGAGUCAGCAAUUGAUUCACCUGCCUUUCAACCAGUAAAAAUGGCAACCAAAGAAUCCGAAUCUAAAGUCCAGUCCGGAUUUGUUGACAACUGGCAGAAAGGAAAGUCAGUCAUAGAGAGUCUCAGAUAUUCACUGGAGGAACAGAUCCUGUGUGACGUCACCUUCAUUGUGGGAGAAAACCGGAAGCGGAUACAGGCUCACAGGUUCAUACUGAGUCUGCGCAGCUGUGUAUUCAUGGCCGGACCGGACGUCUAGCAGAACAGGAUGAAAUUGAAAUCCCAGAUAUCGAUUCUGAUACAUUUGAACAGGUUUUACAGUUUUUGUACACUGAUGACAUCAUCAUAGACGGGAACAACGUCGUCGGGCUGUUAGAUAUGUGCAAUAAAUACAACAUCGACUAUUUGGAAGAGAAAUGUCUGAAAUACAUUUGGCAAAAUGGUGACGCAGUUUUAAAAUCUGACAGUUUCUGUGACCUCUGUCACGACUGUUUUGCGAAAGUCAUAGAAGCUGAUCAACUAAAUGCCAGCGAGGAGUCUGUUUUAAAAGCUUCCAUCGCCUGGAGCGAGGCAGAGUGCAGACGACAAGGAAGGGAGGUAACUCCAGAAAACAGACGCAGCGUUCUUGGUGAGAGUAUGCAUCUGAUUCGGUAUUCUAAAAUUGACCCAACUUAUUUUGUGCAGAAAAUGUCGCUGUCAAAUUUGUUGACGGAAGCUGAAGAAAUCAAGAUCUACAGAUCUUUCAUCGUUCGAAACCAAGAUGUUUCACCAUUUAAAUCAAAUCACAGACUCGGUACACACAAAACAAAAGUUACAGUUAACCGAUUUGAUAACAUAUGCUAUGUAAAACAAAAGUGUUACUAUGUGGAAGAAAUUGUUGGUUUUGGGAGAGGACGCUCUACGACACAACGGCGUCGGCAUCUCUGCGUCUUUUACGAAGGAAUAACGUUUUGUUUGAACGCCAGCGCAGAACUACAAGGGUUUCAGUUUUAUGGAUACUUACAGUCUUCGGAUCAUUCUUCUGUGACCUAUUCCGUCACGGCUUCUGUAUGUGAUGCUUCAACGGAUGACGUAAUACCUGGUUCAGAAAUAAAUAAAAAAAUUUCGUCCAGUAAUGUCGUCUACGAUGUAGACUUUCCCAGUCCCAUCCAGCUUGCUCGGGACAUACAGUACAAUUUAACUGUGACAAUUACAAUGCCGCAACGAUUCACAGAGUGUGAAGACGUAAACUGUUUACAGGGCGCAAACGGAAAAUCAGUUGUAAGCCACGGAUGGUUUACGUGUUCGUUCUAUGACUAUAAGAAAUGCAAACAUCUUAAAGGAGACAAUCACACUAGUGUUCUAACUGGGCAGAUACCGGGUUUAAAAUUCCUGCUGUAAUAAUCCAGGUCAACAGAGUUCAAGAAACAAUUUGGUUCAGCCGUAUCAGACACACUAUGGAUCGUUAAUAUCAGACAUAACCUGGAGUCUCAGUAUCAGACACACUAUGGAUCCUUAAUAUCAGACAUAACAUGGUUUCUCAGUAUCAGACACACUAUGGAUCCUUAAUAUCAGACAUAACCUGGUUUCUCAGAAUCAGACACACUAUGGAUCCUUAAUAUCAGACAUAACCUAGUUUCUCAGUAUCAGACACGCUAUGGAUCCUUAAUAUCAGACAUAACCUGGUUUCUCAGUAUCAGACACGCUAUGGCUCCUUAAUAUCAGACAUAACCUAGUUUCUCUAUAUCAGACGCACUAUGCAUCCUUAAUAUCAGGUCAAAGACAAUAUUGUUCCGACUAUCAGACACAAACUGAUUUAUCAAUAUCAGAAGCAAUGUGGUUUCUCAGUAUCAGACACAGUCUGGUUCCUCGAUAUAACUAGCAAUCUGGUUUAUCAGUAUCAGAGACAAUAUUGUUCCUGAAUAUCAGACACAAACUGGUUCCUCAAUAUCAGAAACAAUAUGGUUCCUCGGUAACACAGACAAUCUUGAUUCCUGCGAUAUUAGACGCUAUUUGGUUCCUCAGUAUUGAAGAAAAGUUUGUAAACGCUGGAACUGUCAUACCGAUGCUUACUACAUGUGUAGUUCUGUCUCUAGAUCUUCGUGUCCUGCUUAACGAUUACUAGUAACCAUGCAGGUGAAAAUGCUUACUUAGCUUUUAUAGCAUUUUGCCUUUCAUUCCACAUAAGUAUGACGUAUAGACUUUGACUGUAAUUAUUACAACAAAAAAAAGAGAAAUUAUUUGAAUUUCAAUUGAAGCUUACUGUAGAAAGACGUUAUGAGAUUGGGUGUUGGCUUAAAACAUAAUGAUGAUAUUUUUAUGACAUUUGACAUUAAUCAGUUUCAAUACUCUAUAUAGAGAGUAAAAUACCAAUUCCUGGGUUCACUUCACAUCUAAGUAGACUAGAUACCAGCGCAGACUUUAACAUGCUCUCCCAUGGGUUUGGUCUACGGCAUAUAUCAGACAUUUGACAUAUUUUUAAAGCUAUUUUGUUUAUUACAUUUGUAGGGCUUAUGUAUAUGAUUUUACCUUUAAAAUGUUUUUUUUAUUAAUGAUUUAUCAAUAUUUAAGUAGAUGUGCACAAUAUAGUUUUUAUAUGCUUGUGAUUUUCAACCAAAUUAUUAUCGAUAAACUCGACCAGGAACGUUUCAGAACAAACCCUGAGCUCAGUUUUCGAGUCCAAUAAUAAAUUGUAGUUGACCAAAAAAACAACAAAAAAACAAAACAAAAACAAACAAACACCACCAACAAACAAACAAACAAAAAAACAAUAAGGGCGAGACGUAGCCCAGUUGUAAAGCGUUCGUUUGAUGUGCAAUCGUUUUAAGAUUUCUUCCCAUCGGUGGGCCCAUUGGGCUAUUUCUCGUUCCAUCCAGUGCACAACAACUGGUCUAUUAAAGGCCGUGGUAUGUGCUGUCAUGUUUGUGGGGUGGCGCAUAUAAAGGAUCCCUUGGUAUAAAUGGGAAAAUGUAGCGGGUUUCCUGUCUAAGACUAUGUGUCAGAUUUACAAAUUAUUUGACAUCUUGUAGCUGAUGAUUCUUAAUCAAUGUACUCUAUUGGUGUCGUUAAACAAAACAAACCUUUUUAUAUUAUAUAUUUACCAUAUUAAGACUAUUAUGCAUUUUGUUUAUUACAUUUGUAGAGCUUGUUUGUACGACUUUAGCUUCAAUCGCUUCUAUUAAUGAUUUAUGUAUCAAUAUAUGAGUGGAUGUGCAGAAUAUUGUUUCCAUAUUAAAAUAUGUAGUUAAACACAGUGUGCUUGUGAUUCCCAACCAAAUUAUUAUUAGCAUUACUGUCGAUAAACUCGAUUAGGAACGUUUGAGUAUAAACCCUGAUUUCAAUUUUCUAUUUUGAUGAUAAAGUGUAGUUGACAAAAACAAUAUGUCUAUAAUACAAUAGGAGCGGGACGUAGCCCAGUGGUUAAAGCAUUCUCUUGAAGCGCGGUUUGUCUGGGAUUGAUCCCCGUCGGUGGCCCAUUAGGCUAUCUCUCGCUCCACAGCUGGCCGUGGUAUGAGCUAUCCUGUCUGAGGGUUGGUGCAUAUAAAAGAUUCCUUGCUACUAAUAGUAAAAAUGUAGCGAGUUUCCUCUCUAAGACAAUAACCCAAAUUACAAAAUAGUUGACACCCAAUAGCUGAUGAUUAAUAAAACAAUGUGUCUAAUGGUGUCGUUAAGAAGACAAACUAAUAUAAUUUUUAGGAUAUCGACAGGUUCACAGCGCACAAUGCCAAAUACACACCGAUUUACGUUUGUUUGUUUAUUUGUUUUUGUUCGCUUUUUUCCUGUUGUUAUGUAUAUUUUGCUUUUUGUUAGUUGUUUCUGUGUGUUUGUUGUUUAUUCGUUUGUUUGUGUCGAAUUCUUGUAUGGUUG